AUGAAUGACAUUACAUUACAAUGUUAUAUAAUGUUGGACGCGACCGGAAAGCCUCCUUCUGGCAUCUUCGAAGGAGUGGUCACAAUGUUUGGCAACUUCGAGGAAUGUCUUAAAGUGAGAGUAGCCGAUGACGACGACAGUGAAUUGGAUGACGAGGGGAGGGAACAGUUUAAAGAGUUCUUUAGGGGACAGUUCUGUGUCGCAGAAUUUAAACCAUGGCUUCCCAAAAAACCAGCCUUUUAUGGCAUGAGCUCUAAGAUUAAGGGACUUCUAAGAGAAUCUGAUGACACGGUCUACAAUGAUUUCGCAGAUUUAGCCCUAUUUUUCCAUUUUAUAACAUUUCGUAUGGAUUUCUGUGUUCCCUCGACCUGUACUCGAGAAGACAUACAAAGAGUUUCCACUUUAAUCGCAAAGAAUUUGGAAUUUAAGGCAAGAGUUCUUCGCUGUGAGACUGCAAAUGAUUAUGAAGUGUGGAGUAUAUAUCAAAUGCUGACAAUUCUCGUUACGUUCACAAUAAUCGUAGCAACGAUAACAUCAUUAUCUGUUAACUACCUAUCAAUGGACCACUUUUUGCUCAAGUCAUCCAAAUUCCAGUCACUUUCACUGAUGACUUCGUGGAACGAUAUCUUUGGACCACAACAAGCGACUGGAGAUAAACCAAUACCUCUAUACGGGAUCAGGGCCAUUGUCUUGAUUUGGAUUAUAAUAGUACACACUGUCGUUGUGGUCGACUUCCAAUACUUCCUGAACGAGAAAACAACGAAACCAUGGACUCAUCUGUCAGUGUUUGCCAUUGGAUUCUAUGCCGGAGCCCUCAGAAGAAUUAGCAAAUGUGAUGAGUAUAACGAUUACACUAAAUCUGUCAAGUCAUCGACGGGUUGGCCCAUUAGUAUAGUUGUCAUAUUAGUGCUAAUAUAUGGCUGUCACGAUUGGGUUAUUGGAGAACUGCCUGACCCAUUUGUGUCGGCCCUCUACGACGCGACUCAGAAGAUCUUCUGGUCAUUAGCCGUCUGUUGGAUACUCUUCACUAUAACCGCGAACUCAGAGCACUCGAAGCAGACUUUGAUUGAGCGGUUCUUUUGCCAUAAGUUUUUCCGAUUUAUGGGUCGCCUAACACUAGUGGCAUAUCUAAUGCACCCAAUGGUGCAGUCAAUGCUACUGUCCAGCCAACAGCAACAUCUCUAUAGUUCCACACUUUUGAUGUUAUGA